AAGAAAAAAUUGAUAAAAAGAGUAAAAUUUAGGACUAAAUUAAUUGUAAAAUUUAAUAUCUUUGCUAAUUAACUUUUGCUUGCAAGUUUAGGGUGUAAAUUGCUAAAUAGUUAAACGGAAUCUUGAGAAAUAAGGAAGAACACAGAGAAUUGGCGACGAAUUAGAGAUGCCGCUGGGAAAGUAUCACUGUGAUUACUGCGACAAAGAAUUUCAAGACACUCCGGUUGCCCGUAAACGCCAUUUGCAGAGCUCCUCUCACCUCCGCGCCAAAUCUAUCUGGUACAACUCCUUUAAUUCCAAUUCCUCAGACGCUAAUCGAGGCUUUCGUAAGGGAAUUUGUAAUCGAUUUGUUAAAACGGGAUUUUGUCCGUUUGGAGAUUCUUGCCAGUACUUGCAUCCUUCUAAUACCAACAGCAACUUGGUUACCAAUCUUAAUGCUCCUCAAGAAAAUCAGCUUGCUAGUGGAAGCUCUUUACCAGGUGAUGUAGUGAGAGAUAGCAUGGGAAUGUCAUGGGCCAAUUUGCCUCCAUCACUGAAGCUUCCUCCAGAGGGCGGGUAUCCGCAACUUCCGUUUGUUGAUUGGGGUUAGGGAUGCAUCUUGUUGUUGCUGUAACCAAGCAGGAUCAUGAUUUUUACAUAUUUUUAUUUUUUCUUCGCUGGACCUAAAAGAAUUGAAGGAAAAAAGCUGAAAGAUAUGUCGUCCAACCCCUUUAAAAUAAUAAUAAAAAUUAACAGUUACAGAAAACUGAUGGAACAAGACAGUAGGCAGCUGGCU